CAACCUUGGAGGUUCUCUGAAACUGAAGUUUGCUUCUUGGGAAAUAGGAAUAUGAAAUAGCAAGUCUGUAUGGUAGACCUUUAUUAAGAGAUCUACCACGCUCCUGGCAUGUACUCAAUGUCCGCUGGGCAGUUGGUCGGGUUAGCUAUUGUCAUCAUUGUCCCUGUAGAUGGAAACAAGUGUCUGGUAACCAUGGGACAGCCUUCCCUCGGCAGCAGAUCUGUGGCACUGACCUUGCCUCACCUGUUGGGGCCAGCACCUGGGAAGGCGUUUACAUUCUUGGCAUUCCUCUUGCCACUGGGGGCUGCUGGGAUCUGGUGAGAGGCCUUGUAGAUGGGGGAAGAGGGGAAGCUGAGGAGAAUGGAUCUUUUCAACCUCUAUGUUAGGUCAUGAGAAAGCCCCUCCCAGGUUCCCUCCACCGAAGGCCCUUCUUAGCCUUUUUCUCACAUGACUUCGAAGUAGUUGGCUUGUAAGUUUUGGGUUUCAUGGUGCUCAGGCUGGAACUCCGGAACAUUCUGCAUGCUAGCACCCUAUCCCUGAGCCAUCCCUGCAGCCUGAAGUCAGCGGCAUGAAGUUCCUUCUGUGAAACGGGCAUGCUAGUUGCACCCCUAAUCACCCAGUAGCUAGCUGGCGGAGUAAGCUGAUUGGAAGUGGGGCUGGCGUGCAUGUAGCCAACAGUCACACGGGCUAACUGCAAUUACAAACUAUAGAUGUGGAAACUAAGGGUCAGAAGGUCAAGUUACAAGCAGGCAGAAACUGGCAUCCCCCAAAAGCUGGGUUACUGUGGAACCUACCAGGGUGCAGGAGAGCCCCAGGGAUGGAAGAGGGUUCCUUCUGGUAGAAGACUACUGCUUGUCCUGGUAUGGAGAACACAUACAGUGUGACCGUGGGUGGCAGCUGUUGUCAGCGAUGUAGCCUGGAAACAAACGCACGUGUGUGCUGACUGUCACCAGGGCCGCCCAGGAGACCUAAGGGUACUGCAGCCUCAGCCUGGGCUGGCCAGGACUGUCUGCUGGCCAAGGAUCUGACUGAUGAGAUAUGUCCCCAUCAAGGCACUGCAUGAUGACACGUGUUUAGCGUGGGAUGAAAUGCUGCACGGGUACCAAAGGGCUGACGGAAAUGGGAGUCUGGCUGAACCCUAGGAAGUUGGUGGUAGCGAGGAGACGCCAUGGCAGGGCUGAGCCAAAGCAGCUGUGGAGGAUGUGAACGGCCCCUGAAGCCCUAACUGCUCUGUCCAUCAUGAUCCAGAGGCUGUGGGCCAGCCGCCUGCUACGGCAUCGGAAAGCCCAGCUCCUGCUGGUCAACCUGCUGACCUUUGGCCUGGAGGUGUGCCUGGCUGCUGGCAUUACCUAUGUGCCGCCCCUUCUGCUGGAAGUAGGGGUAGAGGAGAAGUUCAUGACCAUGGUGUUGGGCAUUGGCCCAGUGCUGGGCCUGGUCUCUGUUCCACUCCUCGGCUCAGCCAGUGACCAGUGGCGUGGGCGCUAUGGCCGCCGGAGGCCCUUCAUCUGGGCUCUGUCCCUGGGUGUCUUGCUAAGCCUCUUUCUCAUCCCAAGGGCUGGCUGGCUGGCAGGGCUGCUAUGUCCGGAUGCCAGGCCCCUGGAGUUGGCCCUGCUGAUCUUGGGAGUGGGGCUGCUGGACUUCUGCGGCCAGGUGUGCUUCACUCCGCUAGAGGCUUUGCUCUCUGACCUCUUCCGGGACCCAGACCACUGCCGUCAAGCCUUCUCUGUCUAUGCCUUCAUGAUCAGCCUCGGGGGCUGCCUAGGCUACCUCUUACCUGCCAUUGACUGGGACACCAGUGCGCUGGCCCCCUACCUGGGCACUCAGGAGGAAUGCCUCUUUGGCCUCCUCAGCCUCAUCUUUCUCGCCUGCAUGGCAGCCACUCUGUUUGUGGCUGAGGAGGCAGUCCUGGGCCCACCCGAGCCAGCAGAAGGGCUGUUGGUUCCCUCCGUGUCACCCCGCCGCCGCUGCCCGUGCCGUGUCGGCCUGGCUUUCCGGAAUCUGGGUGCCCUGUUUCCCCGGCUGCACCAGCUCUGCUGCCGCAUGCCUCGCACCCUGCGCCGGCUCUUCGUGGCUGAGCUGUGCAGCUGGAUGGCACUCAUGACUUUCACACUGUUCUACACAGACUUUGUGGGAGAGGGGCUGUACCAGGGCGUACCCAGAGCCGAGCCAGGCACUGAGGCCCGGAGACACUAUGAUGAAGGCAUCCGAAUGGGCAGCCUGGGGCUCUUCCUGCAGUGCGCCAUCUCCCUCUUCUUCUCCCUGGUCAUGGACAGGCUGGUACAGCGGUUUGGCACCCGGGCAGUCUAUCUGGCUAGUGUGAUGACCUUUCCUCUGGCUGCUGGUGCCACAUGCCUGUCACACAGCGUGGUCGUGGUAACAGCCUCGGCUGCCCUCACCGGCUUCACCUUCUCGGCCUUGCAGAUCCUGCCUUACACGCUGGCCUCCCUCUACCAUCGCGAGAAACAGGUGUUCCUGCCCAAAUACCGAGGGGACGCUGGAGGUGGUAGCGGUGAGGACAGCCAGACAGCCAGCUUCUUGUCAGGCCCUAAGCCAGGAGCUCCCUUCCCCAAUGGACACGUGAGCCCCGGCAGCAGCGGCAGCAUCCUGGGGCCUCCACCUGCACUCUGCGGGGCCUCCGCCUGCGAUGUCUCCAUGCGAGUGGUGGUGGGUGAGCCACCCGAGGCCAAGGUUGUUACUGGACGGGGCAUUUGCCUGGACCUCGCCAUCCUGGACAGUGCCUUCCUGCUGUCCCAGGUGGCUCCAUCCCUGUUCAUGGGCUCCAUUGUCCAGCUGAGUCACUCUGUCACUGCCUAUAUGGUGUCAGCUGCAGGCUUGGGUCUGGUCGCCAUUUACUUUGCCACACAGGUAGUGUUUGACAAGAAUGACUUGUCCAAAUACUCUGUGUAGAUGCUGUAAGGCAUCGAGGAAGGGUCUGCCUCAGGAGUCUUGGCCUGGAGGGCUGCUAAGCUGGCCUUUCCAGGUCUGUUGUUGCCUAGGUGGUGUAGCUCUCUGCUGCCCCCCUAAGGCUGUGAGGUGUGUAGUUGCACAGAUAGAAGCUGGCCCACUGGCCGCGUCUCACAUGGGUAUCCGACUGAAGUUCCAGGGGUACAAGUGCAGGUUUGUACCAGUGCAUUACCAAGGCUCAGAGUUAACGGCUAACCUCCGGCUUGAGUCACCACGGAAGGAUUUAGGGACCUGAAUGAACUUCCCUCUUAAGUCUCUUGUCCAGAUUCUGCCCCUGUUGCUCUUGCAUGGGCCUUUCCUCCGUAGGGUUCGACAGGAUGGAAGGAGGAAGGAGGAGCCCCAAGAGGCAUGAUGAGACCCCGUGGUUCACAGCACCGCUUUUCUGCUGAGUCUCCCGCCCCACCUGUUCCGGGAAAUGGCUCAGCUUGUUGGCCCUUGUGUUGGCCCUUGUGUUGCCGUCAGGGAGGCACAGGCCUUUAAAUAUUUAAUUUAUUUAUUUAACAAUUAGAAGUAAAAUUCAUUCCCAUUUUGUGUGCCUAGGAGUUGAGUAGGGUGGGAUCCCCAAGGAUUGGUUCUCCUAAAAUAGCCGAUACUGCCAGACUCCUCUUCUAGGGUGAUAGAUAUGUUCCCCCAAACUGCCUAGCCCAGUCCCUUGGGCAGUCCUGUUCACCCUUACUGAGAUGUCCCCACUCGAGUUGAGGGAAAGGUUCUUCACAACAUGCCAAGUCCCACUUUUCUCUCGCCCCAGCUUGGUUCCCCUGCUGCCCCCCACCCAGGACUGAACCCAUGACGCAAUUGCCCUUCCAACCCUGUCCACUGGCUCCAUGACCUCAAUGUGGGACUUCUUGAACCCGAAGCACAAGUGUGGUUCCUAAGGCCUCUGCCUCUGCAGCCCCGGGGGCGUAUCUGUCACAGCCUGGGGAAUCUCACACAAACUCAGGAGUACUCCCUGCCAGAGCCGAGGAGCUCUCGUCUAGGGGGUGGAUUUUCAGUGCUGAUUGCAAUAAUGUUGUGUCUUAUUUAUUUAGCAGAGUAAAUAUUUUAUACUGUAUGUGAGAAAUCAGAGUAUAAUGUUUAUGGUGACGAAAUUAAAAGCUUCUUAUAUGUUUA